CCUAACUAGUCUUCGCCUCUCGAUCUCGUCUAUAUAGCUUUGAUCCUGCCCUCUCUCUGGCAGAUUGCUACAGUCACCAGGUUCUCUCCCAGAGCAAGCAUCCACUCUGAACCAGUCUCUCGGCCUAAACCGCACGCACUGCAUAGAUACCCUCUUCGCUGCAUACCCAAUCCGCAACCCGCCUCCACCGAGUGUGUUCUGCUUCAACAUGGUUGCUGUCGCCUCCAACGGGCUCUUGUCUCCCGCUCAGACCGAAAAGACUCCAUCAGUAUCAUCUCCGCCUCGUAUCGUUCUAGCUGGAAAGACUGGCAGGAUCCUCUGCGUCUCAGAUAUCCGAGGAGACUACCACGAGCUCAACAAGCUCAUUCGCGAACAUGAUGCAACUGCAGUCAUUCACACGGGUGACUUUGGAUUCAUGAAUGCAGAGAGUUUGGAUCGAAUGCAAGACAAAAUUUUACGACACCUCUUGCAAUACUCCCCUUUGAUCCCCAACAUGACCCGAUCUCAGCUCCUCGCCAUACCCGAAAGCGCAGGCAGAGCAGCACUCAUCAAUGCUCUCAACAACUCGUCCAAUCAUUUCCUCCUCUCGUACUUUCCACUCCUGUUAACGGGAGCCAUCACAUUCCCUGUACCCGUCUUCACCGUCUGGGGUCUCUUGGAGGAUGUGAGGAUAUUGGAGAAGUUCAGGACGGGAGAGUAUGAGGUCCACAAUCUCAAUAUUAUCGAUGAGGCUACUACGAGCUUGUUGGACAUUGGUGGACUCAAGCUGAGGCUCUUUGGUCUGGGCGGAGCUUUGAUUCAGCACAAGUUGUUCAACCAUGGGGAGGGCUACUCUACGAUUGCCGGCGGUGAGGGGACUAUGUGGACCACAGCGCUACAGAUAGGCGAAUUGGUGGAUACGGCACAGAGGGUCUUUGAUCCGAGCGAGACUCGAAUCCUGAUCGCCUCUGCUCCGGUGACUCGGAACGGUCUCCUGACGCUCAUUGCGAACACGCUGAGAGUGGACAUCACCAUAUCAGGCGGUCUUCAUUUCCGCUAUCCCGUUUCUUUAAAUCAGUACUCCAUUCACACCGAUCACGAAGAGUACAAACGACGUCUGGCAUCUGCACGUGAUAGUUUCCAGGCAGUCUACAACCAGGUCAAAGGGAGCAUAGAGGCCAGCAUGAAUGGAACGCAGCAAGAUCUCUUGAAAAAGGCCCUCAUGGCGACUUCGCGUAUCGUCGACGAUUAUAACAAGGAUGAAUCGUGGACGAAUACUUGGCAUUGGGUCUUAUGCGACGCCUCGUGCGGCCACAUGAUUCUCUCGGUGGAUCAAGGACGAGUCACUGCUGAGACGCGAAGCACUGGCCUAAACUUCAGCCAUCGAACGAACAACGACACGGCACCACGCUCUGGCCCCAUUGCUCCUGCAGCGCCAGCUCCCAUCGCUCCACGAGCAACGACAGCGGCCGAGGCCCCUCUUUCGAAGCCUAUGCCACCUACUGGCGCAAUGGCUCGUCCUCCCGCCCCGGCAGCCUCGAGCGUCAUGCCACCGAAACCAGUCUCUACUCCUGCCGCUCCCAUGAGCAAUAUCAGGGGGAUUGCCACCAGGCCCCCUGCUGCUGCUCCUAUCAGACCCCCCACUGGUCCAUCAACUGUCCCGUCCUCUAUUCCUCCCAAGCCAGUCCAACCUCGUCCUAGGCCCAGCACUGCCAACGUGCCUCCUGCCCAGUCAACCGAGGCUAAGCCGACCACGCCGUCUCGACCUACUCCCACUGCGGCCAAAGCUCCGGCCCAGAGCAAUGGCAAACCUUCGUCGCCUGCACCAAAGGGACGAAAUGCCCCCGAAAAGAGGACUGAUACGCCUCCAAAUGGCUCAAAACCGGAGAAGCAGGAAAGGAACCGGUCAACCAAGGCUGAGAGGUCCGAGUCCAAGCCUGCGACCCCCGUGACGGAAACCGAGAAGAAGACCUCAGAUGAGGAUACCAAAGGGGAAAAGAAACCUCGGAUUGAGGACGCCUCCACUCCAGCUACCAAGAAGUCACUGUACCUCAAGGGCUUGCCUACGCCGGUCACGGAGGAGGAAAUCAAGGCCUUGUUCCCUAACUCAGCCGCCAAGAUCGUCUCCGUCAAAUUGCUUCAUGAUCAGUACAAUAACAACAAGCAAAAGGACUUUGGUUAUGUCGACUUCGCCAAUGAGGAUGAUUGCCAAGAAGCGCUCAAAUCGCACACUGAUACAAUUCGAGACAAGACCAUUUCAAUUUCCAUCUCAAACCCCCCGCCCCGAGCUCCCUCCCUCGCUCGCGGUGGGCGAGGUGGUGGUGUCCGUGGCGGCAGAGGUGGCUUUCGCGGAUCUCUCAUGACUGGUCCAGGCAAGAAAGAAGGUGACAGUGCAGGCGCUGCCACCAGCGAUCGCAAGAAGGAGAUUGCUACAGGUGGUGGCGGGGAGAAGAAGGAUUAGGGGGAGUAUAGAAGGGUAGAUGCGUAGAGAAGGGAGGGAACUCGACGACACUGUACUACCAAACCAUCCUCAAUUUUUCUUUUCGCUGUCCCAAUUCUUCUACUCCAUUUCAAACCCAAGGUCCGUCCUUUCGAGUGAUACCUUACUUGUUCUUUCGACUUGACUCGCAAGAGUCUUUAUCUUUCAUUUCGUUUUGGCAUUCGUUCAAACUUCAUGACCAAAAAGGCGCUAAGAUCGGCGCGCGAGGAUGACAGCGAGCAGAGAGGAGGUCACGCGAAAGGUGAGACCUGGAGUUGAAGAGGAAAGCGAGAUAGCAUAAUAUUGCAUGUAUAUACAACGUCAUGAGUCGG